CAGUUACUUUGCUGCUAUUAUGAUUAAGCUUUGAAAUCUCACAAUAAAGCGUAUCUUUUACACACAAUUAAAAACUACAGGCGAUUUAUUAUACCCGAAGUCUGAGGUAAGUUGGCCAACCCACAGGGAGUCGGACCCAUAGUCCCAGGCCCAGCAGUCCAGCAGCUGAUCACCAAAACAAACCACCAUGGAGGCGAUGAGGACGUCUUUACUCUCGUGUAUCAGGUCGAAAAUAAGUCUCUAUGGUAUCUCUGUGGUAAAGCAACGAAUGUGUCAUUCCGUAAGUCAGAUUGGGGAACAGAAACAAGAGGUAUCAAGACUUACUAAAGUGGAACAACCACCACUACUCAUCCGCACAGGACAACCCACGCCUCACACACACCCUCACCUCGUCCAACCUGGCGAGGUCACAUAUGGCAUCUCUCGUGGGGAGUAUAGUGAACGUCGACACAAGCUGAUGGAGAGUCUGGGGAAGGAAGAAGGUAAACACCAUGUUGUCAUUCUUCCUGCCACUCCCAAGAGAUACAUGAUAGACAAGAUUCCUUACCUGUACAGACAGGACACUGACAUGCUCUAUAUGUCAGGAUGCUUGGAGCCUAAUUGUGUUCUUAUGCUACACACACUGCCAGGCAAGAGGGCUCCACUUCAUAAAUCUGUAAUGUUCACCCCUCAUCAUGAACCUAGUCAAGAAUUAUGGGAUGGCCCACGCACUGGCCCCUCAAAUGCCCCAGAUGUCUGGGGUGUAGAUGCUGGGCUACCACUCGGUGAACUUACACGUUAUCUUGGUCAUCUUGAAUCUGAUCUAACCUCUCCUACCUUAUGGUAUCACUCUCAGGGUGCACCCAACCCAGAAAUCCAACGCCAGUUGCAAGGUUGGUUGCUUGGUGGUAGACAAGGAGGAAUGGAAUCACCAAAAUCUCAUCUCCAUAAACUUCGAUUUGUCAAAUCUCCUGCAGAAAUAGAAUUGAUGAGAAGAGCUUGCAGAAUAAGUGGAGAAUCCAUAGCAGCCACUAUGCGAGCUACAAGAGCUCCUGUAAUGGAACACCAGUUAUUUGCUAUAGUGGAUUACCAGAGUAGAAUGAGAGGAGCAGAUUACUUGGCUUAUCCUCCUGUUGUUGCUGGUGGUCCCAGGGCAAAUAUAAUCCAUUACAUUAAUAACAAUCAAAUCAUUAAUCCUGGGGAAAUGGUGUUGAUGGAUGCAGGAGGUGAGUUCCGGGGCUACAGUGGUGAUGUUACUCGCACCUGGCCUGUCAGUGGGGAGUUUACACCAGCUCAGAGGGAUGUGUACGAGGCAGUGCUCGAAGUACAACAAACUGUGAUAAAUGCCUGUAUUCAGCGCCCUACUCUGGACCAGCUGUUCUCUAUUAUGUGUACUAAGCUUGGUAAAGUGCUACAGGAACUAUGUAUCCUGCCUCUCAACUUCAAUGAUGGACAGUUGAUGAGAGCAGCAUAUGGAUUCUGUCCCCACCAUGUAAGUCAUUAUCUUGGAAUGGAUGUUCAUGACACACCUCUGGUUCCAAGAAAUCGCCCCCUGAAGCCUGGCUGCAUAAUUACAGUCGAACCAGGUAUAUACAUAAGUGAAAAUAACACAACUGUACCCUCACGCUACCCGGGUUUAGGGGUCAGGCUGGAAGAUGACGUACUGAUUACUGAAGAUGGGGUAGAAGUGUUGAGUAACUCCUGUCCAAAACACCCUGAUGAAAUAGAGGCUAUUGUUGGGGCUGACUACAAGUAAUAUGAUCCUAUGUUUAAUAAGUAUGUGAUCAGUUUUAUCAUUUUUCUUUUUGGUGUGUAAUUUUUUGUAAUUUGACCAUGGUAAGGUUCAUUACAUUAAGGUUUCACUUGAGCUAAAAGAGGACUAAAUUUGUAUUAAGUUUACAGGCUAUGAAUACUGUAGGUGUUUAUACCACUGAAAGAUAAUGAGAACUUAAAAGGUACAAAUAUAAUUUUUUUUCUAUGUUUCUAAUUUCAUUGUCAUGAAAAGGACCUUGUCUCUGCUUCAUAAUGUAGAGCAUUUUCACUGUUACUUUCAUUUUUCCAUUGCUCGUAUUGGCUAACAAACUAGUGUGUUGCUUUGUGUCAUCAUAGAGAUGAUGUCCUGAACAAUUCUUGUUUUGACUCUUACAAGAAUAAAUCAUUUAUAUAAAAAAAAGAUCUUACAAGGUCUCUCCUUUGCCCUUGUAACUAUACAGUAGUCUUGUGAAUAUGAAUAUUAUUUAGUCAAGUAGAAUUUAUUUUUGUUAUACAAUACUGUACUGUAUUUGCUAUCAGUAUAAAAAUACAAAGUGUACACUUUAACACACAAUAGUUUUUAUAUAAUUAUAAUGAAAGUUAAUUUUAAGUCCAUAAAAUUACAGUAUUGUCAUCACAAGUUCUUGUUCAGUGGUGAAUAUUCUAGCUAUAUUUUAACAGGGCUUUAUGAACUUAAGAAAACACUGCCGUCUGUUGGCAGUAGCAGUAAACUGAACUUAGAGGGACAAAUCUGGGGUUUUCUUUGUUGAUCGAUAUCAGAUUGGAUCAUGCAGUGUGAACAUUUAGAUUAAUUGCCAUUUUCCCAAGUCUGGAUUACAUCCCUCCAUACAUGUGCUCCUAGUAGUGGGACUCCUCCAUGAAAGGUUGUUCCAUUAUUUUGAUCCCAGGUCUUACACCUAGGAGGAAACUCUUGAGGUGAUUAUUACAGUAGGGAAGGAGAGACUGAAAGUAAGUUCAUGCUGGCCACUAGUGUCAGGUCUCCUGGGUCUAAACAAUGUCUUGGUGACUACAUUACAUGAUCUGCCAAAUGCUGUGCUCAGCCAUAAUACAGUAUGGGAUUUCAGAAGCAAUCCUUCAUUUUGCUUCUGCAACUUCCACAUUAACCACACUCUUUGAAAUAACUUUAACUCCUCCAACUAAACUUUUUUCUCACUAAGCAGCAGAAGUGUGCUUGGAUAUAUUAAGAAUACGAUGUUUGGAUUGUCAUGUGUGUUGCUGUUAGCUGCCAUGUGCUCUUGAUUCAGAGAGGUUAGAUGGGUCCCAUUCCUUCUGAACCCCAGCCUACCUAACUCAUCCUAUUCUAACCAUUAAGAUUGUAGUGCAUUAGACCUGGGGCCUAUUAGGAUUGGGCUCUAAUCCUAAUAGUUAGAUUAGGAUACACUUGAGCCCUGUAGAACUGGACCCAUUUUAUGAGUCUCCAGUAUUUUAUUAGAUCCCUUUCAAAUUAGAUUCAGCUAAUCUUAUUAAUUCUUAAGGGAAUUUUUAUGUGAUCAGAAUGACACUUGUUGUAGAGAGUAGUUAAAAAAGAAAUGUUUUAUAUAUUUUGUGCCAUACCUGUAUAAUACAUGUGCUGUACAGCCUUUUAUAACUAUCUACCUCUGUAUCUUUUAUUCUUUUUUUGUAUACAGUAGUACGCCGCUUAACGCGGUCAAUAAAACCCACAGGGUACCGUGUUAAGUGAAAACCGCGCUAAGUGAACAACAGAACAUAUGGGAUUAAU